AUGGAGAAAAAACGUCGCUGGACAGAGGCAGAAGAUGCAGUUCUCUUCCAGUACGUCAAGGAACACGGUGAGCGAAAUUGGAAUGCGAUCGCCAAAGCCACCGGACUCGAUCGAUGCGGCAAAAGCUGUCGAUUGCGAUGGCUCGAUCAUCUAAAACCUAAUCUGAGGAAAGGUCCGAUUACACCCGAAGAAGAAGAGCUCAUCGUUCAACUUCAAGCGAAUAUGGGAAAUAAGUGGUCUAAGAUCGCGGCACACUUGCCUGGUCGCACCGAUAACGAGAUCAAAAAUUUUUGGAACUGCUUGAAGAAGAAGAAACCUCCGAGCAUGGCUAAGCUGCAACAUUAUAAUUAUCCAUGCUCACAGUCACAGGACAACAAUAUUCCUCUACCGGCCGCUUAUCCAUGCUCACAGGACUACAACAUUCCUCUACCGGCCGCUUAUCCAUGCUCACAGGAUUACAAUAUUCCUCUACCGGCGGCUUAUCCAUGCUCACAGGACUACAAUAUUCCUCUACCGGCGGCUUAUCCAUGCUCACAGGAUUACAAUAUUCCUCUACCGGCCGCUUAUCCAUGCUCACAGGAUUACAGUAUUCCUCUACCGGCCGCUUAUCCAUGCUCACAGUCACAGAACUACAAUAUUCCUCUACCGGAGAUCGUCGGUGGCUAUCUUGAUCAUCCCGGGGUCAAAAGGACGACAGUGAUGUUGAGUUACGCCGAGAGCAUGCAGAGAAUGGGCAUCCGCAUCCCUCCUUCUUUUCAUUCACUCAUAUAUCCUCCUGCUCCGCCCCCCGAUCUCUUUGAUCCGGUUCCGGCUUCUGCUCCUGCACUGACUCCAUCGGUUCCGGUUCCGGUUCCGGUUCCUGCUCCUGCUCGAGCUCCAGUUACGGCUACGGCUCCUGCUCUGGCACCUGCACCGACUCCAGAUCCGGUUCCUGCUCCUGCUCCGGCAUCAGCUCCAGCUCUAUAUUCGGUUCCGGUUCCUGCUUCUGCCGGAGCUCCGGCUACGGCUACGGCUCCUGCUCUGGCACCUGCACUGACUCCAGAUCGGGUUCUUGCUCCUGCUCCGGCACCAGCUCCAGCUCAGGCUCCAGAUCCGGUUCCUGCUCUUGCUCCAGCUCCGGCACCGGCUCCAGCUCCGGAUCCGGAUCCGGUUCCUGCUCCAGUUCUAGCUCCGGCUAUCAGCUCGUAUCCCUCUUUGGAGUUCGAUCCCUCCGACUUGGUGUUUGAUCUCGCCGAUUUGGAUCUCGAUAUGGAUUUUAACAUGGAGGGGACGAUGAUGACAUUUUUAGAUAGCUUGCCUGAUGAUAUAGAGUAG